UCAAGCAAAACUUGACUUCAAGGAUUAUGAGACCAGUGAGAUAUAGAAGACUGGAUUCUGUUCUAACCUACACAUCAUUAUUGUCGCACUAGAGGAAGACACACUUUUUGCAAGAGUAUUCUUGAUGAACUUUUCACUGGUGGGAAAACGGAAAAGAAAUGGAGAGAUAAAAAUUUGAGCUACUGCUAAGAUGUCAGCCUGGAGAAAUUUAAUGCAUUUCAAACUGGCCAGGAUUUUCUGGCUACUGUGUAAGCCGGAGACCAAGAAAUAAGGCAUUAGAAAGCCUGUGACCUGAUGACCCUGGGGAUCUUAGCCUUAGUGACAUCCACUGGCUGUGCCUCGGCCAACGCCCUGCAGUCCCUGACGGAUGCCAUGCACAUCCCACACCUCUUUGUACAGCGCAACACGGGAGGCUCCCCGCGCACGGCCUGCCACCUGAACCCCAGCCUGGAGGAGGAGGAGUACACGCUGGCCGCCCGGCCGCCCGUCCGCCUCAAUGACGUGAUGCUGAAACUGGUCACCGAGCUGCGCUGGCAGAAAUUCAUAGUGUUUUAUGACAGUGAUUAUGAUAUACGUGGACUGCAGGGAUUUCUCGAUCAGGCCUCGAGACUGGGACUUGAUGUAUCCUUGCAAAAAGUGGACAGGAACAUCAGCAGAGUCUUUGCCAACCUUUUCACUACCAUGAAAACAGAAGAGCUGAACCGCUAUCGGGACACGUUGCGGAGGGCUAUCUUGCUCCUAAGCCCCCGAGGAGCCCAGACUUUUAUUAAUGAGGCUGUGGAAACCAACCUUGCAUCAAAGGAUAGUCACUGGGUCUAUGUAAAUGAGGAGAUCACCGAUAAUGAAAUACUAGAGUUGGUGCAUAGUGCUCUGGGGAGGAUGACAGUUAUCCGGCAAAUUUUCCCUCUCUCAAGGGACAACAAUCAGAGGUGCAUGAGGAACAAUCACCGGAUAUCUUCGCUGCUGUGCGACCCACAAGAAGGCUACCUUCAGAUGCUGCAGGUUUCCAACCUGUACCUGUACGACAGCGUGCUCAUGCUGGCCAAUGCUUUCCACAGAAAGCUGGAGGACAGGAAAUGGCACAGCAUGGCAAGUCUGAACUGCAUGAGGAAAUCCACCAAACCUUGGAACGGAGGGCGAUCCAUGCUAGAGACUAUUAAGAAGGGCCAUAUAACUGGGCUUACUGGUGUUAUGGAGUUCAGAGAAGACGGCGCCAACCCCUAUGUUCAAUUUGAAAUACUGGGCACCAGCUACAGCGAAACGUUUGGCAAAGAUGUGCGGAGGCUGGCAACGUGGGACUCUGAGAAAGGACUGAACGGGAGCCUACAAGAACGACGCCUGGGCAAUGACUUACAAGGACUGACACUCAAAGUGGUGACUGUCUUGGAAGAACCUUUUGUGAUGGUAGCGGAGAACAUCCUUGGGCAACCAAAACGAUAUAAAGGGUUUUCCAUUGAUGUCCUGGAUGCACUUGCCAAGAAUCUGGGCUUCAAGUAUGAGAUAUAUCAAGCUCCUGACGGCAAAUAUGGACAGCAGCUCCAGAACAGCUCCUGGAACGGCAUGAUUGGAGAACUCAUUAACAAGAGAGCAGACCUGGCCAUCUCGGCCAUCACCAUAACACCAGAACGAGAGAGCGUGGUGGACUUCAGCAAGCGCUACAUGGACUAUUCCGUGGGGAUAUUAAUCAAAAAGCCUGAAGAGAAAAUCAACAUCUUCUCUCUCUUCGCUCCUUUCGACUUUGCGGUGUGGGCUUGCAUUGCUGCCGCCAUCCCCAUUGUCGGGGUCUUGAUCUUUGUCUUGAACCGGAUCCAGGCAGUCAGGGCACAGAACGCUUCCCAGCAGAGCCCCUCUGCUUCCUCCAGCCUCCACAGUGCCAUCUGGGUCGUGUACGGCGCCUUCGUUCAGCAAGGGAGCGAAUCUACCGUCAACUCCGUGGCCAUGCGCAUCGUAAUGGGAAGCUGGUGGCUCUUCACCCUUAUCGUGUGCUCUUCCUACACAGCCAACUUAGCAGCGUUUCUCACAGUAUCAAGGAUGGAUAAUCCCAUAAGAACAUUUCAGGAUCUGUCCAAACAAAUGGAUAUCUCUUAUGGUACAGUCAGGGAUUCAGCAGUGUAUGAAUACUUUAAAGCAAAAGGGACCAACCCUUUGGAGCAGGAUAACACAUUUGCUGAACUGUGGAGGACUAUCAGUAAGAAUAAUGGGGCAGAUAAUUGUGUAUCGAACCCUUCUGAAGGCAUCAGGAAGGCAAAGAAAGGAAACUAUGCUUUCCUGUGGGAUGUGACGGUGGUGGAAUACGCCGCGCUGACGGAUGAUGAAUGCUCCGUGACAGUCAUUGGAAACAGCAUCAGCAGCAAAGGAUACGGGAUCGCACUCCAGCAUGGAAGCCCCUACAGAGAUCUUUUCUCCCAGAGGAUCCUAGAGUUGCAAGAAAGUGGAGAUUUGGAUGUUCUUAAACAGAAAUGGUGGCCACGGAUGGGACGUUGUGACCUGAACAGCCAUACCAAUGCACAGACAGAUGGGAAGGCACUCAAGCUUCACAGUUUUGCAGGCGUUUUCUGCAUUUUAGCAAUAGGCCUUCUUCUUGCAUGCUUGGUGGCAGCAUUGGAGUUGUGGUGGAACAGCAACCGUUGUCAUCAAGAAACACCGAAAGAGAUACAGCAUGGGCAGCAGCAGUGCAAACUUCCCCACAUUGCCCCACCAAUGUGCCUCAACCCUGACCUGGAGAGACCACCUUUAGGGAUGGCCAACGAUGUGAGGUUGGGCCUCAGAAGCAUGGACAAAGAAGUGAACCUGGAGCAGGUCCACAGACGCAUGAACAGUUUAAUUGAUGAAGACAUAGCCCACAAGCAAAUCUCUCCAGCGUCCAUUGAAAUCUCAGCCCUGGAGAUCGGUGGCAUGCAGCCAGCUCAGACCCUGGAGCCGGUACGCGAAUACCAGAACACGCAACUUUCUGUCACCACCUUUUUACCAGAACAGACAACUCAUGGUGCCAGCAGGACACUGACAGCUGCCUCUGGCAGCAACCUGCCGCUGCCCCUGAGCAGCUCGGCCACCAUGCCCUCCAUACAGUGUAAACACAGGUCACCAAAUGGAGGACUAUUUCGUCAGAGUCCCGUGAAAACCCCGAUCCCAAUGUCAUUUCAGUCUGUGCCAGGGGGAGUAAUUCCAGAAGCAAUGGAGCCCUCUCAUGGAACAUCCAUAUGACAAAAACAAACAGUAAAACAACCAGCAGAGCUUUUUAAUACAAAAUGUAAAAGAAACAAAAAAACAAAAAACAAAAAAACCCACAAACAACAACAAAAAAAUAAAACCCACAAACUCUUAACGUUUUUCUUGUAUAUACCUGUAAAUAAUGAAAGAAUGAAGUGGGGUUAAAGUGUAUUUUGAAUAUUCCCAAUUUUCGAAGUCAGUAAAAAAACAAAAA